AUGAGAGAUAUGGCUGGAGCAGAGCAAAGCCAAAGAUGGAGCCUUCAAGGCAAGACCGCACUUGUGACCGGUGGAACCAAAGGCAUCGGGUAUGCUGUAGUAGAGGAACUUGCAGGAUUUGGAGCCAAAAUACAUACUUGUGCCAGAGACGAAUCUCAGCUUAACGAAUGUUUAAGCCAAUGGCAAAAGAAGGGCUUUCAAGUCACUGGUUCAGUCUGUGACGUAACUUCUAGAACAGACAAUGAGAAGCUCAUGCAGACUGUUUCCUCACUGUUUGGUGGCAAGCUCGAUAUCCUCGUAAACAAUGUGGGAGCGGCUGUGGCAAAGCCAACAGUGGAUUAUACAGCAGAGGAUUUCUCGUUUCAAAUGUCGACCAACUUAGAAUCUGCUUUCCAUCUGAGCCAGCUUGCACAUCCUCUGCUCAAGACUUCAGGAUGUGGCAACAUCGUCUUCAUGUCCUCUGUUGCCGGAGUUGUCGCGUUUACCAACAGCUCUAUCUAUUGUGCAACAAAAGGAGCAAUGAAUCAGCUAGCAAGGAAUUUGGCAUGCGAGUGGGCUAGCGACGGGAUUAGGGCUAAUGCUGUCGCUCCUGGAGUCAUUGCAACUCCUCUGGCUGAAUCUAUAUAUGUUAAUGAUGAGCUCAAGAAAGCGGUGAUAUCGAGAAAGCCGUUGGGGCGUUUUGGAGAGCCUGAAGAGGUGUCCUCGCUGGUGGCUUUUCUAUGUAUGCCUGCAGCUUCUUAUAUAACUGGUCAAACCAUUUGUGUCGAUGGAGGUUUUUCUGUCAAUGGCUUCUCUUAUCAGCCGCCACAAGGUUAA